AUGCCAGGCCCGGACUCCCUCCUCGCCAUAGCCCAGCGCUCUGCCGCCCGCCACGCGUCCGGCAUCACCUCCCUCGGCGACCUGCCCCCCAACCUCGUCCUCCCCAUCCUCGCCAAAGUCCCCACCCCACAACAACUCGCGCUCAUCGAGUCCUCCUCCCCGCAGAUCAUCGGCCACACCGACGCCUCUGGUGAUCCGAAGAACUGGUAUCGGGUGUAUAAAAAGCUAAAGAAGCAGGCGGAUGCGGAGGAACGGGAGGCCGCGGGGAGGCUGGCGGCGGCCUACCAGGGUAUCAAUACGACGAGGGAGCAGAAUCUGACGAAGGUGACGAAUGUGCAUCAGAUGCCGGCGAGGAGAGUCGUGCGGUCUAGUGCGGUGAAUAGGGCGGGUUGGGGACCCAGCUCGAAGGGGUUGAGCCCGGCGGAGAAGAUCAAGCGGCAGGUCAAUGAUGCGGCAAGAGCGAAGAUGUUGAGGGAGAGGAAUCUGGCAAAGUUGAACGGGCAGCAGAGCGCGGGGACGAGUGCGUAUAAGAAUCCGGCGAAGGUCAGUGUGGCGCCGAGGAGCAUGGUGGAGGAGAUCAAGAAAUCAAGGAUGAGUCCGCCGCCGCCAAUGACGGUGAGGAUCCCUGUCAGAAGGGGCAGCUCUGUCACUGCAGCGUCUUCUGCCGUCGAUCAGAGCCAGAGGACGACGCCACGGCCAGGGAACGGGUACGACAUGACACAAGACCGCGAAGCACGCUUGAGGGCAAUGCAGAACCGGCGGCCGGGUGAUGCCCUACCGCCAAUCACGCAAUCAAAUCCAGCACCCUCCAGCACUAGCAAUAACCUCUCACUCGAAUUCCUCGAAGACGAAGACCUCUUUUCCUCCAGCGAGGACGAUGGUGACGAUAUUGAGGUUCCAACAAUCACAGCGAAGCCGGACAGGAGCAGUCCUCGUCCGACACCAGUGCCAGCCACAGCAUUGCAUCCGGCACGACCAGCUGCUGCGCCGAUAUUGCAGCAGAAACGGAAAGCACCGCCAGCGUUGUUUAUGGCUUCUUCGUCGCCAGCGAAGAGGGUGAAGGGGAAUGUUUAG